AUGAAGCUUCAAAUUCUCUCAUGGAAUGUCCGGGGUCUUAACGAUCAGGCUAGAAGGAAAGAGGUGAAAUCGUUGAUUCGGAAAGCGGGUGGUCAUCUUGUAUGUCUUCAAGAAACAAAGAUUGCUUCUAUGACGGAUAUGAUUGUUCGAAGUUUGUGGGGUGGGAGAUUCGUGCAGUGGUGUGUCUUGGAUGCGAUUGGCUCAUCGAGUGGUAUCCUGAUUAUGUGGGAUGUCCGUUGGAUCUCUUUGUUGGAUUCUCAGGUUGGGUGUUUCUUGGUUUCCUGUUUUCUAUCCAUGGUGGAGGAUGGCUUUCGGUGGGUUUUUUCUGGAGUCUAUGGGCCUACGGAGGAUUAUGAGUGCCAUUUGUUUUUGGAGGAGCUGGGGAAGAUUCGUAGGCGAUGGUCGUUGCCUUGGUCUUUCACUUGGUCCAGUGGUCGAUCUCCUCCUUCUCUUUCUCGUCUUUAUAGAUUCUUGGUGUCGAGUGAUUGGGAGGAGAAGUUUUCUGAUGUUGUUCAGACCAUCUUGGCUCGUCCUUUAUCUGAUCAUGUUCCGUUGCUGUUGGACUGUGGCGGGCUGCAUAGCAGAAGAUCCCCAUUUCGAUUUGAGAAUAUGUGGCUCCAGGCUGAAGGUUUCUUGGAGCGAGUUCGAUCCUGGUGGGGGGGGUAUGGAGUGGUUGGCACUCUGAGUCAUUUUUUGGCAGGCAAGUUGCGUUGUUUGAAGAAUGAUCUCAAAGUCUGGAAUAAAGAGGUGUUUGGUAACUUAGUCUGGAGAAAGAAUCGGGUUCUCUCUGAGAUAGCUGACAUUGAUAAGAUGGAUAAUCAGGGUCUUUUGACGGGUCCUUUGAAACUUAGGAGGGUGGAGUGUCAAGCAGAACUUGCCAAUGCUCACAGAAGGGGCAACCACAUUAGGAGGAUUAGGGUGGAUCGGGUGUUGAUUAAUAAAGAGGAGGAGAUUAGAGAGGGGGGCUCUGUUUUGGAAGAGCCUUUUUCAGAAGAGGAAGUUUUCUCUGCUCUGAAGAGCUGUAAUGGGGAUAAAGCUCUUGGACUGGAUGGUUUUACUAUGAGGUUCCUUUUGCAAUGUUGGAAGGUGGUUCGUGAAAAGGUGACGGGCUCUUUUCAUGCCUUCCGUGCGCAGGGCUCUUUUGAGAAAAGUUUGAAUGCAACUUUUAUUGUUUUUAUUCCGAAGAAGGGAGAGGCAAUGGAUGUUAGAGACUUCCGCCCUAAUGCUUUUGUGGGAGGUCGGCAGAUCUUGGAUUCUGUUCUUAUUGCUAGCGAAUGUGUUGAUUCCCGUUUGAGCAGCGGUGUUCCGGGUGUUCUUUGUAAGCUAGAUAUUGAAAAGGCAUACGAUCAUGUGAGCUGGAGUUUCCUUCUCUACUUGUUAGAGAGGAUGGGAUUCGGUGGGCGGUGGAGGAGAUGGAUUCUUUUUUGCUCCUCUAGCGCUUGUUUCUCUGUCCUUGUGAAUGGAGCGCUGACGGGUUUCUUCUCUAGCUCGAGGGGUUUGAGACAAGGGGACCCGCUUUCCCCUUUCUUGUUCCUUUUUGUGAUGGAGGCUCUUAGCAGAUUGCUAAAGAGGGCUAUGGAGCUGGGUUUUUUGAGAGGCUUUCGGGUGGGCAGCCUUAAGGUUAAUGUUGGAAAGAGUAUUCUUGUGCCUGUUGGGGAUGUUCCGGAGAUUGAGUUGAUUGCCUUUGGGUGCCCCUUCGAGAUGUGUGGGGAGCUGGGAUCCGGUUGUGGACAUAGUCGAGAGGAGGUUGGCGGGUUGGAAAAAGCAGUACCUGUCCAAGGGGGGUCGGGUUACCCUGAUUAA